AUGACGUCCCGCGAAGACCAGGUCCUUAAACCCCGAGAUCCCUCGGUCGAAGACGAAAACGAAUGGCAAGAAUUCAGCUUGACCGACGUCAAGGUACUGAUCCCCGGCAAGUCGCGUUAUGCCAAUCUGCUUGAUGCGUCGCCGGACAAUCCGGUGAGGGUUGUUGGGAGUUUGAAUGAGGUCGAGGAUGAACAGGGACACUUAGUACUCGAUGAAGACUACCUUUCAAAGCGCAUUGUCAUCGAAAACGUGACUCAUUACGCCUACGGUCAACAUGCCGACGGCGAAAUUGGUAUCUGGGUCGCUGGCCAAGCUGGCUGGUUCUCCAUCGUGCCUGCCAAAGGAUACAAGUCAAUAUUCAGUGAUAUAGUGGAGGCAGUCGACUUGCUCUAUUUCUUAGUCGACCGGCAUCGAAACCAGCGACUGAGACGGAAACGCCGAAGUGGAGAGGUUACUUUUGAAUACUUGUGUGAUGAGUAUGUCACUCAUACGCACGGAAUUUGUGAGGAUGGCGACGAUUCUGCGGAAGUUUUCUAUAAGCACUCCUCGUUUUUGCUUUCGCAAAUGGUUCAAGGGAGGGAAGACGUUCAAUGGAAUGAAACGGAUAUAUUCAAUCAUUUGAUUAAGAAGUUUCCAGAUGAAUACGAGCGAGUACUGGCAGCGCAACAAAAACCGGAUGACACAAUGGCGACGGAGGAUCACGAUGGACAGACAAAUAAGGAGGCGCUUAACAUUGAGACUAUCUCCAAUUCCCAGGCAGACAAUAUAUUUAGUAUAAUCACGGAUCUGAAGGAGGCAGGAGCCUUGGCCAAACGUCAAUUGAACCUCGACCUCGUCAUCAACACUCUACGGAGUCGAUUUGAUAUAGACUCAGAAGACUACGCCAGGAAUCUGGUCGCUGCCAGAGCCGCGCAGGUUGUUGAACGCAUGGACCAGUCUCAGUUUGACUGGCCCAAGAAGGCUAUUUAUCGAGAAUUGAACCAGGUCGCGGAAAAGGCCGAGAUCCGCCAAGUCGCCAUCACUCCACUACGACCGCGUACUUCUUUUGACGAAGAUACCGGCUCCUCCGAACAUGAGGAUGAAAAUGAAGAAGAAGAGGACGAUAGUCCCCGCGCACGCAGACACCGUAUCCGCAUGUCUGUAUUACGACCAUCAACAACGAAAGCGGGCAAAAAGACACGCGGCGGUAAAUUUCCUGGAGCCAUUAAAGAUGCUGCGCAUUUGUCCGACGAUAGUGAUGUUGCUGAGGAUGUAGAAACACCCAGCAAGUCUCGUGGCCAUAACCUCGUCCGCGAUCCUCCACCGUCUGUGACGACUCUCAACAGCCGUGGACGAUCCAUACUAUCAGACGCAGACUCUACUUCAUUGGUUAUACGAAAGACACCUCUACAGGAAACACUCCAGUCCGCGAAUCUGUCCGGCCCUGACACAUUAUCCAUCAAUCACGAAGAUAGUAGUAUCAUCACUGACAACUUACCCGAAGACACGUGGGCGUGCUCGAUCGAAGGAUGCGGCAAAGUGAUAUACAAAGCCAGCUCAAGGCGAUCCAAGGAACUCAUCAGCGACCAUACACUUACACAUGCGGAAGACACGCAAACAAAACUCGAUCUCGUAUUUGCCGAGCAGAGACUCAAUAUUGGCCUAGGAGUUGAUAAUUUGUUGCGUCGUAUCCGUGAAUUUGGGACUCUUGAUGAGAUUACUGGUGACGAUGCCGAGGUUGCUGCUAAACGACUCGAAAGCAAGGGAAGCAAUAGAAAGGGUAUGUUACACACUAUCAAUGCUUUGACCCGCGAUGCAAUAUCACGGAUGAUCGUUGAGUGCAAAAAGCGUCUACGCUGA